AUGCAGUCCUCCACAUCCCGCCUGAGAGCAUGCCGGCUUAAUGAAGCGGUUUGAUUGGACGAGGCUGCUAACGCUAAAAGGGGCGUGAAGCUAGCAGCUAACUAACCUAGCUUCAGUGUGAUCAUCUGGAGUUCAUUCUUGGCGGCGUCCUGCAGAAACGAAACAGCAGAGCGACUAGUUCAUGCAACAGGAAGGAUACUUAGUUCACCUGUGUGAGCUGUAGGAGCCACCAGCCUGCCGGAGGAGCAUGUAGUUAGUGAGAUGUUGACGCGGCCUCUCUCUGGACAUUGUGGCUAUCGGCUUCUUGAUGCUUAGUUAGCCUAGCAUGCUAGUUAGCUGUGGCUCAAACUAGCUAGCUAGCUUAGCACAACACUGGCUUCACAUUAAGCUAGCUCGCGUUAUGAGGAUCUCUUAACAGCAGUGUCGUUACUUUAACAUCAUUUACGUUAGGCUUUAGUAAACGUUUUGCUUUGCACUCAAAGUUAGUCAGUCUGGCUAACGGGUAGCUAACUUAAACGAGCUAACAAUGCUAGUUUAGCUUAGCAUAGCAUCGUUUGAGUCGUCCCUCGCUGCUCUGCUCCAGCAGACUAACGGGUCGGUAGCUAGAAGGUACCGGGCAUUGUGCGGUAUGUAGCCAUGGCAUGCUGACCAUCCAUCCAUCAGGAGAGCUGGUGUCUGGUCACAACGUUACAGGCAACGUUAGGCCAGAUCUGGAUGAGCAUCUAGUUGUGAUAUGAGCAGUGAUGGAGAUGAGAGAUGAGUAGUAAGUAGGGUUAGUGUGCUUUGAGUUGUACAGACCACAGGGCCUUGCAGUGAGUUAAUUGUUGCAUUUCGUUAGUUAGUCUAACAGUUGCCUGUUUGAUGAUAUUUCUGCAACACAUGUAAAGUUUGCAAAGUUUAGAGAGCAACAAUGUAAAACCCCCUGAGCUUGGUGAGCCGUUUUAAGUUGAUGAAUUGGUGGCGGGCAGCGAUAGCUAGCAAGAUGAACAACUCAGGAUUGUUUCCACAAGAAAAGAUGGAGCUGGAUCUGGAGAUCCCAUCUUCCUUAGGUCAUAGCGAUGGACAAUUGAGGCGAUCCAAUAGUGCACCCAUGAUAAAUGGCUUAAGUGAUCACUCCCAGGUGUUCCAGAGAGAGGUCCUACGUAGCCGGAGAAAUAGCACUACAGUUGUCAACAGGCCCAACAUGGUUCCUUCAUCGCCUAUUCGCGUCCCCAGCACCAGACUUCAUCAAAUAAAACAAGAGGAGGGUAUCGAUGUGAUGAACAGAGAAACUGCUCAUGAGCGGGAGGUUCAAGCCGCCAUGCAAAUGAGUCAGUCCUGGGAAGAAAGCCUCAGUCUGAGUGACAACGAUCAGGAGAAGUCGGCAUCUUCGUCUCCAAAGCGCAUCGACUUUGUGCCUGUGUCGCCUGCACCAUCUCCAACCAGAGGGUUAGGAAAAAAGCAGUGUUUUUCUCCUUCACUACAAAUCCUUGUGAGCAGCAAUGGCCUAACACCCAGCCCGAUACCCAGCCCGACGCGACGCUUCAGCCGACGAAGUCAAAGCCCAAUCAACUGCAUCAGAGCCAGCAUACUUGGGCCAAUGAAACGCAAAGGUGAGAUGGAGACAGAGAGUCAGCCGAAGAGGCUCUUCCAGGGUACCACCACCAUGCUGUCGUCUGAUGUCUCCAACCUGUCAGAGCUCGGUUCCUGUCACUCUCCAGAUUUGCUGGACGGCAGCCUCAGCAGCGUCGGAUCCUCCACAGGCUCACCUGGCAAAAUGGAGGGAGUGUCGCCCUCGUCGUCCAGCAACUCGCCCUUCGCUUCCCUCCAGGAUUUGUCCCCAAAGUGAGCAUGGGAUAGCAAGAGACACUAUAUAAAAGGACUGGCGCCAAAAAGCGUCUCUCCGGGGGAACCGGUUUUCCUUCUCAGACCCUCCAUCUCACCAUCGCUUAGUGGAAUCUUCCAUGUUUGUUUCUGAGCAGCUGUUCUCAUGGCAACAUUUCGGAGGGUCUAGAUAUGUUUGAAUUAAGGAGACGAAAGCCAUGGAUGAGAUAAGUAUGAAAGAGAUAAGCCUAGCAAAAACUAGGAAUGACUGAAGACACUGUGAGCACCAGCUGCUAGUAGAGGAUCUUGGAUGGUGCUUGGCUUCAUAGUGAUAUUGUGUUCAUAACUGGCUAUGCUUCUGUCCUACCAGAGAGACAUUGAGCACUGGACAUAAAAAAAAAAAAGACUAUUUGGAUGUGUACAUUUCCCCCAUUUUUGUGCUGGAAAACUUCUGUCCACAAGCCUUUGUAUGUACACAGUCUGCAGAUUUUGUAAGAAAAUAUUUAACUUAUUGUUUUCCUGCUUUGUUUGUAAUUAUGUACAUAUUAACCUUGUCAAGAUGUCGUACAUAGUUUUAAGUUUGUGAUUGGCUGUGUGAGGUGAAUGUGGGCACAGGUCUUCAACAGCGCAAGUUUUCUUUGUAAAGGAACAUAAACUACUUUUGGGGUACACCUAUGGAGAUUUCCUUACUGUUAUACUGUAAGAGAAGUUAUGUUUUCAGCAGAUUUUCAUAAUAUUUUUAUGAUAUGGGCUAUUAACUAUGGUGAUUUUUUUCAGUUUGGCUUUUAUGCCCCCCUUACCCAUGACUUGUUGCAACUAAAAAAGGGGAACACCAUCUAAAUUCCAAUGUUAUUUCCAUGGUUUAGGAAAAUUCAAUCAAUAUGUGUGAACAUGAGCUACUCUCUCUCUCAAAGCCAGAAACCAGAGAAGUCUCAAAUGUGUGAUGUCAUAGGGUGUAAUAAGUCUGGAGCGGCUCCAUAGACAAUGAAUGGGAGGCUGAUUUUGUGGUCCCACAGAAUGAUUGUUUUCUUUUUUAUACCCAAAUGAGCUUUAUUCUAUGGUAGUGUUCUCAGUUGUGAAACAGAAAAUGUUCCCAUAUACUCAGGACAUUCCCCUGGUUGCUCAGUGUCAUCUGUAACAUCUCUCCCAUUCACUGUCUAUGGAGCAGUUCCACACUUUGACAUCACAAGUUUGAGGUUUAGCACUCGUUUUGGGAUUUGGGAGAAAGUUGUUCAUGUUUAUUAAUAUUUUUGGACUGUCUUAGACCAUAGGAAUAACAUGUAUGAAUUUUGAAAAUGAGCGUAGUUCCCCUUUAAUUGCCCAGUAUGAGCAAUUAAUGUACCCGCAGUUCAUGGUGGAUGAAAAAAGACAGUCAUCACUGUUGUGCUCUCAACACUAAAGGUUCCUCUGUAUCCUGUGUUUUUGUCAGGAGGUUUUUUGUAGAUAAGCAGAGUAUAGAAAUAAUAGUUUUCUUUUUACCGGGGAAAUGUUCUUAUUUAUGGAAAGAGAAGUUUAUUAUAAGAAUUGGAUGGCGAUAGGUUUCUAUCCCCAGUAAAAGUGAACCAAUUGUGUUUACAGCAAAUCAACUGACUGCUGCAACAUGCAGCAUAAACUAAAAGGCACCAUCGCAUUGUGAGUUAAGAGACUGCCGUUUCUGCUGUGGUUACAUUUAUUAAAAUAGCUUUUUUUUGCACAGGAUACUCAAUCCUGUGAAGUUUCCGCCUGUGCGUGAACGGGGCAGAAGUGAAACUCGACUUUCUCGUAAAACAUGAUCAGAGAAUGCAGUAUAUAGAGGUUAAGCCUGUACUGUGAUUUUUUUUUAUUUUUUUUUGGCACCUAAAUUUGCUUUCAACCAUCAUCGCCCCAGUGUCCAUACCCCCUGUGUAACUUAUACACCUGAACCCCUUCAUGGCUCUGUAGCCAUUAAUGUGUAUGUACAAAAGGAAAGUGAUUGUAAAUCAUUUUAUGGAAGUGUGCCCUUUAAUUUAAAGAAAAAGCGUGGUUGCAGUUUGUCUUUUUCCUUUAUACAAAUAUUUUUUUUUCUAAGUCAUCUUAUAAAGUGUUCAGGGCAUGACUUCAGCAAAUCUGUAUGACUGCAAUGGAAAGGCUAUAAUCUGCCAAGCUGGCUCACAUCUUGCCUAAUGCUUGUGUCUUUUGUGAUUGCAAUCGUAGCGGACAUCAGGACUAAAUAAAUUAUUUCUUUA